CGGCGGGAGCCCGGGGGUCGCGGGGGGGCCGGUGCCGCCGGGGCCCUGCGGGCGGGGUGGCGGGAGGUGCCGCCGCGCGGGGGGUCUGUGAUGUCCCCGCGGGUAGCGGAGCCGCCUCCUGGAGCUCCCGGAGCCCGCGGGGCCGGUGCCAGCUCUGGCUCUGUCCCUCAGGGCUGUGCCCCCGCGGUGCCGGUGAAGCCCCCCGGACCCAUGGCCCACAGCGCCAAGCAGCUGCCCGCCGGGAUGCUACACGCCAUGGGCAAAGCUCAGCAUGGAAACUUCCUGGUGGCCAUCAAGCAGGAGAAGGGAGAGUCGGCACGGACGAGCAGCGAGAAGCCGCACGGCGAGGAGGAGCCGGUGAAGAAGAGGGGCUGGCCCAAGGGCAAGAAGAGGAAGAAAAUCCUUCCCAACGGCCCAAAAGCCCCUGUGACGGGCUACGUGCGUUUCCUGAAUGAGCGGCGUGAGCAGAUCCGCACGCAGCAUCCCGACCUGCCCUUCCCGGAGAUCACCAAGAUGCUGGGGGCUGAGUGGAGCAAGCUGCAGCUUUCAGAGAAGCAGCGGUACCUGGACGAAGCGGAGAGGGAGAAGCAGCAGUACAUGAAGGAGCUGCGGGAAUACCAGCAGUCAGAGGCCUACAAGAUGUGCACGGAGAAGAUUCAGGAGAAAAAGAUCAAAAAAGAGGACGCGGGCGCUGCGGCAGUGAACACCCUGCUGAACGGGCAUCCGCACAAGACUGGUGAAUGCAGCGACACCUUCUCCACCUUCGAUGUGCCCAUCUUCACGGAGGAGUUCUUGGACCAAAACAAGGCCCGGGAGGCCGAGCUGCGGCGCCUGCGGAAGAUGAACACGGAGUUCGAGGAGCAGAACGCCAUCCUGCAGAAGCACACGGAGAGCAUGAACUGCGCCAAGGAGAAGCUGGAGCAGGAGCUGGCCCAGGAGGAGCGGCAGACCCUGGCCCUGCAGCAGCAGCUCCAGUCCGUGCGACAGGCCCUCACCGCCAGCUUCGCCUCCCUCCCCAUCCCUGGCACUGGGGAAACCCCCACACUGAGCACUCUGGACUUCUACAUGGCUAAACUGCACAGCGCCAUCGAGAGCAACCCGCUGCAGCACGAGAAGCUGGUGGUGCGCAUCAAGGAGAUCCUGUCCCGGAUAGCCAGCGAACACUUGUGAAGAGGACCAGUCCCUCCUGGAGCCUGGGGCCAGCUGGACCAUGGCACUGUCCCUUGGAGCUCACGCAAGGGACAGUCUCUGCUGGUGGUCUGGCUGCUUCCCCUCCACCCCACGCACCUCACUGGAGAGGGGAGCUGGACCCUCCGCCCUGCUGCGCCUGCACCAUCUCUGAGGACCUCAAGCUUCAAGGGACCAAGCGGUGACAGGGCUGAGACCCCAGCUGGCGCGGUGCUGGGCGAGGUGCUCAGCCAUGAGCGUGAGCGUUCCCCUGCCCUGCUGUGAGCCCCCCAGCUCCUGCAGCCCCGCUCCCCUGAACCAGAGCCUCCCCCAGGGCUGGUGGCAGAGGUGCUUGUGGCUCACCAGCCUGGAGUGGCCCGGAGGCUGCUGGUGCCAUGUGCCCUGGGAGCCCCUGGGGCUUGGUGCUGCCUCGUGGCCCCUGCAUCAGCCCGAGGAGCCUUGUGGUUCCCAAUCCCGUAGCUGGUGAGGUGGCAGGUGUCCUUCCUCUCGCUUUAUUUAAUCUUCCCGCUUCCCCUCACUGCUCCCUGUGGUGCCGUCACCUCUCCUUCCGCGCUGCCCCGGGACCAGGCAGGGCCGCUCCUGCCCUCUGCAGCGGGGAAGGCAAAAAGAAUCCUGCUGGAGGGGGAAGCUGGGACAGACCCCUGCCCCCCCGGCUUUCGGCUCCUGCCUCCCCGGGCCCAUUCUGCACUGUGGGACCACAGGGCGGCAGCCGUGUCCUGGCUGUGCUCUGCUGGGCUCGACCUGUCUCUAUCUCAGACUCUGUAAUUAGAGAAUAUCUUAUUUUCUUACUACCACCACGUUGAUCGGGCUCUGGGUUUAACUCGGGCUGGUGUGCGACUGUUCGUCUCUCCCGUGGGGUCUGUGCUUUGUAGAUGAGUCUCCUGGUCGCCAUCUCCUGGUGGCUGCUUGGGAUGGAGACUGGAGCAAAUAAACGUGGGAGAAACAACCA